GUUAUUUUGUAUUUAUUCUCACGUUCAUUCAUCAACGUGGGGUCUUGGACACGUGUUUGUGAUUUUAUUUUCUUAUUUCUUUAAUAUUUUCUUUCCUCUUCCAAAAUGGGUAAAAGUAAAAAAUCAAAUGAAGAUGUUGCAGAUGCCAAUGACUCUCAAGCUGGAGAUGAUUCUCAAAUAGAAGAAGCACCAACUUUAUCGUACGAAGAACAGUUAGAAAAUGUAAGCAUCAUAGCUAAACCUAUUGCAACCAAAAAAGUGGCAAAGCGUUUGUAUAAGCUUAUUAAGAAAGCAGCGGAAUACAAAGGUUAUCUGCGCCAUGGCUUAAAAGAUGUACAAGCCUGUAUUCGAAAAGGAGAAACCGGACUUGUUAUUUUUGCAGGUGAUGUAACUCCUAUUGAAGUUAUGUGCCAUAUGCCUGGUGUUUGUGAAGAAAAAGGCAUUGAUUAUAUUUACACUCCUUCUAGAGAAGAUUUGGGUUUAGCCAUGGGUGUUAAGCGAAGUUGUCUCAUGAUGCUGAUAAAGGAGCAUCCAGAUUACAAAGAUUUGUAUGAUGACUGCAGAAAAAAGAUGAAAUCCAUUGCUAAUGAAACCUUUCUCAAUUAACUGUACUUUUGACAUAAUAUAUUGUACUCACUGCAUUUCAUCAUAUUGGGGAUUUCUGUUAUACGAGGAUUGCCUUUAAUGUCCGCCAGAUCAUUUUGUGAUUUUAUUCUUUCAUGUGUGCAGAUCAUAUGUACAAUCAUAUAUUAAAUGAAGCAUCUUAAGUUUUGGUAAGAAUAAAGUCUUUUUUUUGUA